GAGAGCAGCCGGCCCCGCGUCGGGUUCAAGUGGCCGUCAUUGGGGGCCGAGGACGGGGAGUGGGCGCAGGCGAUGGUACCAGCGCUGCGUUUCUUGGGUGGUGCCUGCAGACGGGCCCGGGGGGAGUUCCCCGGGGGCUUCCCCCGGGCGGGAGGGCCGGCGCCCGGGAGGCCCUGGCCGCUGUGCUGGGGUGUCCGCAGCGGCAGCACCAGCUCAUUUGACAUCGUCGUGGUCGGCGGUGGAAUUGUGGGGCUUGGCACGGCCAGAGCGCUUAUUCUGCGAUAUCCUGCUCUCUCAGUCGGUGUUCUGGAAAAGGAGAAAGACUUAGCUGUUCACCAGACUGGACAUAACAGUGGGGUCAUACAUAGUGGAAUUUAUUAUAAACCCGAAUCUCUGAAAGCUAAACUCUGUGUACAAGGUGCAGCCCUCAUCUAUCAGUAUUGUAACCAAAAGGGGAUUUCCUACAAGCAGUGUGGCAAGCUAAUAGUAGCUGUUGAACAAGAAGAAAUUCCCAGACUUCAGGCUUUAUAUGAGAGGGGCCUGCAGAAUGGUGUCCAGGGCUUGAGACUGAUCCAGCAGGAGGAAAUAAAAAAGAAGGAGCCGUAUUGUAGGGGUCUGAUGGCUAUUGAUUGUCCAUACACUGGCAUUGUGGAUUAUCGGCAGAUAGCUUUGUCAUUUGCCCAUGAUUUCCAAGAAGCAGGUGGCUCUGUCAUGACCAAUUUUGAAGUAAAAGAUAUUGAAGUGGCCAAAGAAAGCCCUCCCAGAAGUAGAGAUGGGAUGAAAUAUCCAAUUGUGAUAAAGAAUACAAAGAGAGAGGAAAUUCGAUGUCAGUAUGUUGUGACAUGUGCAGGACUUUACUCAGACCGUAUGUCAGAGCUGAGUGGCUGCAGUCCUGAUCCUCGAAUUGUACCAUUCCGGGGAGAUUACCUUCUUUUGAAGCCAGAAAAAAGCUAUCUUGUAAAAGGAAAUAUUUACCCGGUCCCAGAUAGCCGGUUUCCCUUCCUAGGAGUUCACUUUACGCCAAGGAUGGAUGGCAGUGUUUGGCUAGGACCUAAUGCAGUACUUGCUUUUAAACGGGAAGGUUACAGACCCUUUGACUUCAGUGCCAGAGAUGCUAUGGAUGUAAUUAUCAAUAGUGGCUUGAGUAAACUGGUUUUCCAGAAUUUCUCCUAUGGAGUUAAUGAAAUGUAUAAAGCCUGUUUUCUUGGUGCAACAGUGAAGUACCUUCAAAAGUUUAUCCCUGAAAUUACCACCAGUGAUAUACUUAGGUGCUGAACUAGGCUGGUGUAAAAUGUCAGCAGGCUCCAUUGUGUCAGAAAAGAGAGCAGUAAUCAUGUCAGCUGUCUCCCUUAGGGGAUCGUCCUGGUCUAAAUCUGACUCUAAUGUAUCAUUCUGAAACCAGCGUCUUCGAAUUCUUGGAGGAACUAUUAAAACCAGCUAAUAUUUUUACUCUCAUCUCCUUUACCCUUCUACUCACCUUCUGAAAUAGAAGGGAUAAAAAUAUCUAGGCUUUAUUUUCUGAGUGGUUUGCUUUUACAGACUUGGAAUGUUUUAUAUGUGAAAACAGACUGGUCAAAUUUGGUUUCUGUUACUGGCUAUUAAUAUUCCUUUGAAAACACACUAGAUCGGCAUAGUGAAUUGUAUGUAGAAAUGAUUGUAGUGCAUUCAAAACCCAUAUUAAAUUACCAUGCUUUCAUAGAAGCCCUUCAUAUGGUAGAGCGAGACUUGGGGCUUAUGGGUAUUAGUGACUCCGGCCUCUGGAUGUACCAUGUGAAUUUGUUACCAGCUUCACUGGCACUGUAGGCAGGUGCAUCUGGGGAACGAUUCAGCUCAAUCACAGAUGAGUUCCUUUUUCACGACAGAGAUGCUGGGUACAUUCAGCAAUUACAUUUGUUCCUUCUCUUGGUUCCUGUAGCUAUUAAAUACAGGAAAUUAUCAAUAAGAAGAAAGAGAAGAAAAUGUGUUUAAUAUUAUUUAUAGAAGCUUAAAAACAAGCAUGAUAAUACCAUAUAUUGUUUAUGGAUUCUGCAUAUCAUGUGUAGAUAAAAACAAGCAUGGGACUGAUAAGUACAUAAUUCAGGCAAGAGGCUACCUCUGAGAAGGGAAGGAACAUGAUCCUGAGAACCCACAGGGCUCCUAUCAUAUCUCUAAUGUGUUAUUUCUUAAGCUGUUUGGUAAGAAAAUAGCUAUCCAUUAUGUUACUGUCUGUACCUUGUUAUGUGCCUAAAAUAUUAAAUAAUAAGAUCAGUAGAUAUUUCCACAGCAUGAAGCCCAAGUCCUGCCUUGUCUUAUUCUUCUUGCAGCCCAGUGUAUUUAAACCAUAAAUGUGUCAGAAGCAAAUCAGGCAGUUUUAGACAGUAAAAGCAAUAGAAGUUUUACUUCCACGGUGUUGUGUUACCCAGGAAGUACACCCUCAAAUGUCAGUAGCCACCACAGGACGUCCAUCUUCUCAUUGCCUAGCCAGAGCAUUUGGGGCGAUAAUUUACUGAUGAACAUUAAAUUUGAAUGGAAACUUACUACCUGACAAGUAUAUGCAUUAGGUGUACAAUGUCUCAUUCUUAAAUGAUGAUCUUUCUCUAGAUCAUCUUAAUUUUAGCUCUGAACUCCUUUAAUCUGUUCUGUUUGUCCUUUAAUUUUGACAUGUUAUGAUAACUAAUAGUAAGGGCUCAGGAUUUAGCUCGGUGUUUCUGCCGCCUGCCUCGCAAGCUCAAGGACCCAGGUUCAAGCCCCAUACCAAAGAUAACUAAUAGUAGUACUGUCUGGUAGGAAUAGACAAAGAUAUACAAAUAUGAGGUAAUCUUCCCAUUUUCCCACACAUCAUUUGGCAAAAUGUCUCACUGGUGAAUUCUGGAGAAAAUUUUCAAGCAAGAUGUUUUCAUCAUGAAUGAUAACUAUGUCAUGUCAUCCUGAAACACAAAGGAUAAACAUUUCUACAGGUAAGUUGCAAUGAUUUAAGAUGAUACAGAUUGGAGUUUCUUGAUGUUGGUACUGUUGACAUUUUGGCCUAAAUAAUUCUUUGUUGUGGGGGCCCAUCCAGUUCAUUGUAGGAUGUUUUAACAGGAUCCCCGAACUCGUUCCCCUAGUUAAGACAACCAAAAGUGUCUUCAGACAUUGCCAGUGUCCUCUAGGAGGCAAAAUCUCCCUUGCUUGAGAACCACUAGUCUAAAGAAUAUGGUAACCCACACACUAUAAAAAUACUGAGAGAAAAUAUAAUAAACAUCUUCAAAAUGCAUAUCCCUGAGAAUACAGGAAAGUAAGGGGUAUCCCAGGACCAAAAUACAAAGAAGAAAUUUAAAAACCCUCCCGAAGAAGGGUUGGUCCUGAUGCUGACCUAAAGAGGUAGAGAAGAUUUGUUGAUUUUAAUAUUGAGGGGCAUGUGGAUGUGGUGGCACACAUUUGUAAUGCCAGCACUCAGGCUGAGGCAGGAGGAUUGCUGUGAGUUUGAGCCCAGCCUGGGCUACACAGUGAGACACUGUCUCAAAAAAGCAAAAUAAAAAGAAAGAAAAAUCCCUGAGGGGCUUGAGUUAUAUUUUUAACUGAUGUGUGAUUCACAUGCAAUGAAAUGUAUAGAUCUUAAGUGCUCAGUGAAUUUUUUACAGUUGUAUAAUUCAUGUAUUCACACAAAACAAGAUAUAGAACAUUGAAUACUUUAUUUAAUUGCCACUAAGUGCUAGAAAGGAGUCCUGGGGCCUAUACAAGGUAGAAAGUUGGAACUGAGACCUCAGAGUAAAGCCAGGAACUCUUGAAGGAUCAUAUUCCCUUUUGUUUUAUUUUUUUUUGAGACAGGGUCUUGCUAUAUAUUUUAGGCUGCUCUUGAACUCACUGUGUAGCCCAGGCUGGCCUCGAACUCACAGCAGUCCUCCUGCCUUAACCUCCCAAGUGCUGGGAUUGCAGACGUGUGCCACCAGAAGGACCUCAUUCUUAAUAACAAGGAAGUCUAGAAAAAAAUAUGCCCUUUACCACCAGAAAAUGUUAAGGAGUUUUGUAUGUUCUGAUCUUGGGGUGGGGAGUAGAUAAGCUGAGAAAUUAAUUUAGAAAGUGGACCCAGACUUGUUCAGAUCCUACUUCAAACUAAUGAACAGCUCUUUCUGUCUCUCUUGGUGCUCCUCUCUCUCUCUCUCUCUCUCUCUCUCUCUCUCAUCUAUCGCUAUCUCAAUAAAUUACUACUGCCUCUUUUUCAGUAGAUGAAAGAGAAAGUGAAAACUCAGUUUUAACCACAGACUGAAUAUUGUUGAUACUAAGCAAUUACAGGUUUAUUGUUGAGACUCCUUUUAAUACACACUGAAGUGAAAUGGUGUGCUAUCAGGGUUUGCUUUAAAAUAGUCCAGCAGAGAGGGCUGGGAAUGUAGCUCAGUGGUGCCUGCCUCCCAAGUGUAAGGUCCUGAGUUUGAUCCCCAGUACCAAAAAAAAUCCAACAGAGAAAGGUGAGUGUUAAGCGGGGAUAUUGGGGGGAUAGAUGAAAUAAGAUUGUGUGUGUGUGUGUGUGUGUGUGUGUGUGUGUGUGAUUGAAACAUUCAUUGUACAUAAUGAUAAUGAUAAUUCAUACAUGGGAGAUCAUUAUACUGUUCUUUUCACUUUUCUUACAUGUUUAAAAUUUCCCAUUAACAAAAGCGCUCCCUGGAGCCCCUGGUAGAAGCAAACAUAAACCUGUGUAGGGUUAUACCCUUCAGUCCUUAUAAUUUCCUCAGAUAAGCCCUGCUAAACAAGGCCUCGCAGUCAGACUUUAUAUCACCAUGUGAGUCAGCAGAUGAAUUAAAUAGUAGAAUUAGACCCAUAACAGCUAUGGAUAAUAAUAAUAUUAGAAAUGGUAAAAUGAGUAUGCUUCAAUGAAUUAAAAACAAAGAAGGUAUAAAAACAGGGCCAGGGAUUUAGCUCAGUGGUUCUGGCACCUGCGUCCCAAGUUCGAUCCCCAGUACCCCCCCCCAAAAAAAGAAGGUAUAAAAACAUGAAAAAAGAAUAAAGAAAAAAUGCUAGGCAAAUUUGGAAAUGGGCUAAUUACAACUUUAGAAGUGAAAAAGAGAGUUUUUAAUAUUUAAAACUUUUUUUAGCAAAGCAGUUAUUGGUACAUUUUAGAUAUACAUAGUGAUAACAUCAUAGGGAAUUUAUAACUUAAGUGACUAGGUUAAACAGCUGGUUAGAUCUACCUAAGAGAAAGUUAAUGAAUUGGAAGAAAAUCUUAAAAACUUAAAAAGAAAACUGCAAUAUAAAAAUACAUGUGUGGAAGUUAAAAGAUAUGGAGAAAAAAAUGAAAAACUCCAGUUUAUCUGUCAUAGGAGUUUCAGAGAAAUUGAUAUAUAGUGAGUUUCACCUGAAUAAAUAAAACUAAAGCAGGAAUGGAAACAGGCUUCUAAAGUAGUAGAAGAGGUAAAUAAAAAAAAAAUUUAGAAAACUCAAUAAGUUAAGAAAGAGUGAGUUGCACCAGGGAUGUAAUUCAGUGGAGCCACGCCUGCCUGCCAAGCACAAGGUCCUGAGUUCAAUCCUCACUAUCGGAAAAAAAGAAAGAGGGAGUU